UUCUAAACCUUGAUUUUCAGGUGUUGUCUUAACCCAUAAAAAUUUGCAGUCUCAAAUGAAUUGCCUGCACAGAGCAUGGGGCUGGACUUCAGGUGACACCAUUUUGCAUUGCCUCCCUCUUCAUCAUGCCCAUGGCAUUGUUAAUGCCCUUCUGUGUCCACUUUAUGUUGGUGCCAGAGUUGUGAUGUUACCUGAAUUUUCUGCUGCAGCUGCAUGGAAUGAAUUAUUGUCACUUCAUUCACCAGCUGAGUCCCGGGUGAACAUCUUUAUGGCUGUACCCACAAUUUAUGUAAAAAUGAUUCAAGAAUAUGAAAAUAAAAUUAUCAAGAAUGAUCGGAUGCGUGAUUACGUCAAAGCUCUUUGUAUGCAGAACAUAAGAUUAAUGGUGAGUGGGUCUUCAGCCCUGCCAAUACCAGUUUUGGACAGGUGGCAGCACAUCACAGGUCACACCUUGUUGGAGAGAUAUGGUAUGACUGAAAUAGGAAUGGCUCUUUCUAACCCCCUGAAAGGAUCUCGGAAACCUGGAUAUGUAGGUAAUCCUUUGCCAGAUGUUGAAGUACGUAUUGCCAAAUUUUCUCAGGAAGGAAAUGAGUAUGAUGUUCUUGCUUAUGGAAAUCACAAAGCAACACAGACUUUUUCUAAAACUGAAGAGGAAAUUGUUGGAGAGUUGCUUGUCAGAGGGCCUAAUGUUUUCAAGGAGUAUUGGAAGAAGCCUCAAGCAACUGCCAAAGAAUUUACUCACGACGGAUGGUUUCGUACUGGUGAUACAGCUCAGUAUAUUAAUGAUUCCUAUAGAAUUCUUGGGCGUACAAGUGUAGAUAUCAUAAAGAGUGGAGGUUUCAAGAUUUCAGCUUUGGAAGUUGAACGUCAUCUCCUCUCUCAUCCCAAUAUAGAAGAUGUAGCUGUUGUUGGGAUCCCAGACAUUACGUGGGGACAGAAGGUUGCAGCUGUAAUCCAGUGGUCAGGUGAAGGAAAGCUUAAUGCAGCGGAGUUAAGAGCCUGGGGGCAAGACUGUAUGCCACAUUAUUGUAUUCCAUCUGUAGUAAUAUCAAUAUCUGAUGAGAUACCUAGAAACAAUAUGGGGAAAGUAAAUAAAAAGCAAAUACUUAGAGACUUCUUCCCGGAUUCAAGUUAAUAGAUGAUUUGUUUUAAAUUCGAUUUGAUUUUAUUGAUUGGGUAAUGAAUUUUAUUGGUAGAUUUCACUUAACAGGUUUUCGUAAUGACAUUUUGGUUAUUGUAAAGGGAGUCUGAACUGAACUAAUGGUAAUUCAUAGAGGAUUUAUUUAUAUCAGGUUUCUGUUGUAUGGUGCGUUUCAUUUAAAAUCCUACUACUAUUACGAGGGAAUUUUUUAUAUACUUGAUUGUUGGCUGCUGGAAAACUGAAUUGCUCACUAAUAGUGGUGCCACAGUAGUUAUUUGUUAUGAGCUUUUGAAAUUAAAUUUAAGGUAAGAAGCAUAACUUUGAUAAUAGUACCAACUCUUGUCACAAAGUUGAGAUAAAAACAAGAAGUUUUCGAGUUACUUCUAGGAAUAGUAUAGAGACAAUAUUCUUUCCUCUCAGAAUUGAUGCGUCUAUUUUGUUUAGGAAUCUACAAUUCUGUUAGCAGAUACUGUGUGGAGUAAAGAUUUGACUAAAUAAAGAGUAUAAAGUAC